AUGUGGCUCUUUUUUGUGUCUCUCUGUCUGUUUAGUCUCUUUUACUCUGCAGCGGUGGCCGAAACGACUUAUGAAGGCGUGGCAACCGUUAUGCAGUUUCGACCAUUGAAGCAAAUAUCUUUGGCUAAACGUGGUCAUGGUAACGGUACAUGGUAUGAUGGAAAAGAUCUCCUAAACGCUGCUUGCUACGAUCGAAACGGGAUGCCUAGAUGGGAUGCAACAAUAAACGAUAUGAUAGGAGCAAUGGCAAUGAAUGGUUUCGAAGACUGCUACAAAUGUCUACGAGUGACAAACAAAAAGCAUCGUGAUUUGUCCAUCACAAUCAUGGUUGUAGAUAAAUGCGCUGCAUGUCGAGUCGGAAAAGCUAUCGAUCUCACUCCAGCGGCAUUCCAAAGGCUUGCACCUGAGGGUAACCUUCAAUUAGGUGUCCUGGACAUUAACUGGAGCCCCGUAUCCUGUGAUCAUUUGAACCACCAUCCUGAGCUUCCUGAUGAAUGA